UAAUAAAGACAUCCAGGACACCUUGAAUAAGUAAGCAAGCAUUGGGCAUCAGCCGCCUGUUGUAUCGCGGUUCUGUCGCUGCUGUUAGCUGUUAGCAGUUGUUUACACUGGAACGCAUUGGGUUUGGAGAGCCAUUUUGCUAGCCAAAGUUGCCAUGGCCUCCUACACCUGCAUCAGCUGCCGAGUGGCUUUCGCAGACGGCGAGGUGCAACGAGCGCACUACAAAACCGACUGGCACCGCUACAACCUGAAGCGCAAGGUGGCCGAAAUGCCUCCGGUCACGGCUGAAAACUUUCAGGAGCGAGUCCUGGCACAGCGGGCAGCCGCCGAACAGCAGCUGAGCGACGCAGCGACCACUGAGGGCUGCGCCGUCUGCAACAAGAAGUUCUCCAGCACCAACGCCUACCAGAACCACCUGCAGUCCCACAAACACCAGCAGGCCGAGAAGCAGGCCCUGCUCGCCGCCCAGAGGAAGGUGGAGAAGAUGAACGAGAAGAACCUGGAGAAAGGACUCGGUGAUGAGAAGGUGGAUCACGAUGCCAGGAACGAGGCCCUGCAGCAGGCCCUGAAAGAGCAGCAGCGGUCGAGCCCGGCCAAGCAAGGAAAGACAGGAGACGCAAAGCAGAGGGCGGAGAAGCUGGAGAAACCUCCCAGGAUGUUGUGGCUGGAGGAGCAAGCCAAGAGGCGAGAGAGAGAAGACGGAGCCACAGCUGUGGAGGAAGAGUGGGAGGAUGUCGAGGAGGAGAUGGAGGAGGAAGAGGAGGAUGAGGAGGAAGAGGAGACGAUGGAUCAAGAGGAAGGCGACUCUGCAGCUCUGUGUGACCCUCAGCCUGCCGCUCUGCCGGGCUCCAUCGCCGUCACCGACUGCCUGUUCUGCUCCCACCACUCCAAGUCACUCAUGAAGAACGUCGACCACAUGACCAAAGUCCACAGCUUCUUCAUCCCCGAUGUCGAGUUCCUCGUCGACCUCAGGGGCCUCGUACGCUACCUCGGGGAGAAAGUCGGCGCUGGAAACGUGUGUUUGUGGUGUAACGAGAAGGGCCGUUCGUUCUACUCUACAGAGGCAGUGCAGAGUCACAUGACCGACAAAAGCCACUGUAAGCUGUUCACAGACGGCGACGCUGCCUUGGAGUUUGCAGACUUCUACGACUUCAGGAGCAGUUACCCUGACAGGAAGGAGGGAGAGGAUGCUGACAUGGACGAAGAAGAGCUGCCUGAUGAGAAGACGCUGGAGUACGACGACGACACGCUGGAGCUGACUCUCCCUUCAGGCGCUAAGAUCGGCCAUCGCUCCCUCAUGAGGUACUACAGGCAGCGGUUCGGCGCUCAGAGGGCCGUGGUCCUGACCCACAAUAAUAAGGCUGUGGGCCGAGUCCUGCGGCAGUACAAAGCUCUGGGCUGGGGAGGAGAAGCAGGCAACGGCUUCCACCAGAAACAGAGAGACAUGCAGUACGUGCAGAUGAUGAAGUCAAAGUGGAUGCUGAAGAUGGGAAUGAGCCACAACGCCACCAAGCAGAAGCACUUCAGAGUCCAGGUCAUGUUCUAAACUGGGCCCGGAGGGAAACGUGGACUUUGCUUGUUUUCCAGCCAACAGGACUUUGAGCAUUAAAAUGUUGGUUCCUCGCUCAGUGGCAGCAAGAAACAUGAGAACGCAGCAGCCAUGUUGAUUUGAACUAAACUGCAGCAGAAAACGUUAACGGAGAAAAAUCUUUACCAGCUUCUUCAUUAUGAAGCGCAGAUGUUCUCCGUAAUGCUUCUUCAAGCAGGUUCUUGGUGCGUUCAGGUCCACCAUAAAUCUGCAUGAAACCGACUCGAGGUGGAACUUCUGUCAUCUCGGCCGCUUUGGUGGAGAUCAUGUCUAGAAAUUUAUUUUGAAAAAGUGAAAGUGACAGCAGAUUCAUAUUAAGAAGGUGAUUUUAGUAUUUGGUUCAAAUCAGUUAACCUCCUCAUCAUUCAUCCAACCAAAUAAAUGAGCUUCGUAUUUGUGGGAUAAAUGGCUUCCUUCUUCAAGAAUAAUAACUCUUUUACUCUGUUUUAGUUUUUGAAGAAACAACUCAGCUAAAAUGAGUGUUUCUGUCAACAAACAACUCGGCCCUCUGAAGUGUGUGUGCAGCUCGUGUGUUACAGUCGCCAUCUUGUGGUGAGGACGUGUAACUGCAGAACUGCGCUCACUCUUCAUAUUCACAUUGUUUUCAUGUCAUUUAUUUCUAAUGUCCAGGAGCCUGCAGCCAGAGCACUCAUUUAACACACAGUCUGACUGGAACUGCUGAGUAGGUGUCCAUUAGCAGGAAUUAUUGGACACCCUGCAGCCAAUCAGAAUCCAGUAUUCACUGUGGUCUAAAGCACGUGGCUGAAUUAUGAAAGAAUUUCUGUCAUUAAUUUUCAAGAUUAAGAUCAACAAAGACCAUAAAUUCAAACGUUAAA